UGUCUACUUCUUCAUUCAUAACAAUCUAACUACUACUACUACUACUACUCCGACUACUACUACUACUACUACUACUACUACUACUACUCCGACUACUACUACUACUACUACUACUACUACUACUACUACUACUACUACUCCGACUACUACUACUACUACUACUACUACUACUCCGACUACUACUACUACUACUACUACUACUACUACUACUCCGACUACUACUACUACUACUACUACUACUACUACUACUACUACUACUACUCCGACUACUACUACUACUACUACUACUCCGACUACUACUACUACUACUACUACUACUACUACUACUACUACUACUCCGACUACUACUACUACUACUACUACUCCGACUACUACUACUACUACUACUACUACUACUACUACUACUACUACUACUCCGACUACUACUACUACUACUACUACUCCGACUACUACUACUACUACUACUACUACUACUACUACUACUACUACUACUCCGACUACUACUACUACUACUACUACUACUACUACUACUACUACUACUACUACUCCGACUACUACUACUCCGACUACUACUACUACUACUACUACUACUACUACUACUACUCCGACUACUACUACUACUACUACUACUACUACUACUACUACUACUACUACUACUACUACUACUACUCCGACUACUACUACUACUACUACUACUCCGACUACUACUACUACUACUACUACUACUACUACUACUACUACUACUACUACUACUACUCCGACUACUACUACUACUACUACUACUACUACUACUACUACUACUACUACUACUACCACAACUACUACCACUACUAUUGCUAAUACUACACUGAUCACUCAUACUAAUAAAACUACUCACACUUAUAUUAUCACAA